AUGUUCAGUUUCUUUGGAGGGAAUAAAGCUCCAGAGCUUACACAGGAAGAGAAGACCAAGCUAAUUUUGCAGCAAGCGUAUGACUUUGAGGUUGCUUUGCGUGCUAUGGACUAUGUUCUAGACGAUAAUCCAGAGAGAGGUCUAAAUUUGCUAAAAGAAAGCGAUGAUUCUGCUAAUGAAGAUGAAAGGACUAUUAAUGUACUAGCUCGUGGUGUUAUUGAAUUCUUGGAGGCUACGCUAAGUUUUGAAGCCGAGGAGAUGAAGAAAGCCUCUGCUACUUUGGCCAAGGCCGAAACCUUGUCGCAAAAGAGCAAGGCUAAUGCUGAAAAGCUAAACUUGAGUAACAGCAGUAAAUAUCCACCAGGUACUGUUUUUGCCGUUACAUAUACUGAAUCAUUGCUUCUACAUGCAUUGCUUAUGAUUUUUAGUGAAAGUAUGAUGGAAGUUGCGAAGGCGCUUUUGAAGCUGAGAAAGGCGUACUAUACUUUACAAGAGGUACUAGAACAAAUCAAAGCCGCCAAUGAAGCUUCUAUCACAAAUGCUGAAAAUAAUGGUGAGGAAAGUAAAUCUUCCUCAGCUAGCUUCAUUUCAGAAGGUGACAUCUUUAACUCGAUUGAUAUCCCAUACAAACUUACUGAGGAAGAAGCCAAGGAUAAAGAGCUACUAGAAUUCGCCGACAAAGUUCAUAAAAUGCGUGCAAAGAGAUUAUCUGGGGCACAUAUUGACAACCCACCUGCAAUCAACAGGCUAAGAAACGAUUUGGGUUUGCAAGCCAUGAACUCCUUGCCAAAGGAAGAAAUCAAAGAGCAUCUUCCUCUUUCUGAUGAUGUUGAUAGAAGCCAAGCCACAAUAGAUGAGUUUAUUCACUCCGGUGUUAACUUAUGUUUUGGUAUUUUGCAAGUUGUUCUUUCAUUAUUACCACCUGCCAUUGGUGCCGUCCUUUCAGCCGUCGGAUUCCGUGGUUCCCGUGAAGAAGGUUUGAGGUUGGUGUGGAAGGCCACCAAGCACAGAAAUGUUCAUGGCUGCAUUGGCCUUCUUGGUCUUAUGUUUUAUUAUGAUGGCCCAUUCCAAUUUACUGAUGAUGACUUUGAUGUUCCCGCCUCGGUGAAGGAAUACUUGAACUCAACUGAGGAUAAAAAGGGUCAGGAAGAAAAUAACGAUGAUACAUCUACUAUGACUAAAGAUAUGGAAUCUCUGAAAUUAAAAGACGAUGAUCUUCAUAUGGAUAGCAACACAAUCUUGCAUCCAGGCAAAAUAUUGGAAGAUGCUUUAUUAAAAUCGCGUGCAUUGUUCCCUAAUAGUGCUCUGUGGCUAUUGAAUGAAGCUAGAAUGCUUUCUGGUAAAGGUAGAUUAGAAGACGCUGUUGCUUUGAUGGAUUCUAUUGAUGUAAAUAGCAUUCAAAUGAGACAGGUUAAGACACUAAUGAUUUUUGAUAGAGCUAUUACAUUGAUUCAUCUUCAUGAAUACGAUAGAGCUGCUGACGACAUUUUAUCUCUUUUAGAUAUUAGCGAUUGGUCUCACGCCUUCUACAGUUACUUUGCAGGGUGCUGUUAUUUGGAAAACUGGAGAAUGAUUCAAAUGGGUGACUUGAAGAGCGAUAAGGAGGAAUUUUAUAAAGAAAAGGCAACCACUCUUAUUUUCAAGUCAGUUGAUUACCUAGGUAAGAAAACCUGGAGAUCCAAAAAUCUGCCAUUAGAUAGAUUUGUUGCCAGAAAGGUGGAUCAAUUCAAAGCUAUGCAAGUAAAACUGAACUUGACAAAUCCACUUGAUGCUAUUGCCACAGGUCCUGUAUAUGAAAUCGCUUAUUUCUACAACGGUUUUAAUAGAAUGUCUCAGAAGCAUUUAGAUAUCUCCAAAAAGAUGCUAACUGAAUACAAAAACCCAGCUGUCGAAGCCAAUGAUCCUGACCAAAACUUGAUCAGAGAUUUACUAGUUUCUCUAUGUUUAAGAAGAUCCGAUAAAAUCAAGGAAGGCUGUGACUUAUUAGAUCAGAAAGUACUACCUACUUUCUUCAAGGAAUUACCCGAUGGGAAAGUUGAGUAUGUAAAGAAAAACGAGGACCCAUGGCUGUACCCAUCUGCAUUGUAUGAACGUGCUUUAUUUUGCUGGAAACUAAACGGAGUGCAAGGUUUAUCCGAAUGUAAGGAAUGGCUAUUGAGAGCUCAAAAUUAUGCUGACGACUAUGAGUUGAGUAGUCGUGUUGGUAUGAAGAUUAAGGCAGCGAUCGAUAGAGUAGAUAGUGCUUUGAACAAUUAG